CAUUGUUUUUUUGUUUGUUUCAUACAAACUCUAAAACCCUAAAUUCUUCUUCUCAAAGCAGCCACACACACACACACCUCCACGUCUUCCUCUUUCACUAGCUAUGGAGUUUUGGGGUAUUGAGAUUAAGCCAGAGAAGCCUUUUAAGAUGAUUUCAAAAGAUGGAUACAUGGUCCAUGCCAAUCAGGUUACUCUUGGUGAGGUUGACAAGGUUAAAGAAGAUGAGAAUGUUCCCGUUUAUGUGAAGAUUGGUGGUGAUAAGAGUGGGUUUAUCAUUGGAAACCUCUCGCAGAAGUUUCCUCAAAUUUCUCUUGAUCUCUUCUUAGGGCAUGACUUUGUUUGUUUAUCCUUGAUUUUGUUUUGCUCUGUUUUUUUGCUGAUCCUCACGGAUGAGGAGAUUGAUUCCGAUUCUGAGUUAGAGGAAUUUAUGGAACAACAAAUUGACGCUUUGCCUCAAAAUGAGAUGAAUCCUGAAGAAGAUGAGUCAUCCGACUCAGAUGAGAUGAGUUUGGACGAGGAUGAAGAAGACGUAGAGGCUGAAGCAGCUUUAAAGGUGGUUCCUCCGAGCAAGAAGAUGUCAAAUGGUACAUAUGGGAUACCUAAAGGUGGAAACAAGAACAAGUCAUCAGGAGGGAAGAAGAGAUGUCCAUUCCCUUGUGGUUCUUCCUGCAAAAAGUAGAGGACACCAAAUCACAUUUUUCCAUAGAAAUUUGUACUUGUGACUUAUGAGGUUUUUGGGAUUCUUGAAAAUUUUGGGAUUAUUCUAAUAUAUGUUAUGUUGUCGUUUUGGAGUGUUAAAUGGUUUAAAACUUUAAAUGAAAUAUGAUUUGUGUU